AUGGACAACAAAAACAGCGAGCUGAUCUGUUUGAAUGAAAACGGGGGCUGUCAACAGUACUGCAGUGACAACCCAGGGACCAAGCGCUCCUGCAGCUGUCACCAGGACUACAAGCUCAUGGCUGACGAGGUGUCCUGUGAGCCCACAGUCAAAUAUCCGUGUGGGAAAAUACCUGUCCUGGAAAAAAGAAACAACAGCACCUCCCGAGUUCCAUUUGUGGGCAGCGUGCUGUGUCCCGGAGGGAAAUGUCCCCAAGGGAAAUGUCCUUGGCAGGCUGCAUUGAAGGUGCAAGGGGAACUUCUGUGUGGAGGGGUAUUGUUGGGUGCUUCCUGGGUGCUCUCGGCAGCCCACUGUGUCUACAAACUCUACCCAAGGACAUGGAAGUCUGUGCAGGUGGUUUUAGGUGAGCAUGACCUUGGCAAAGAGGAAGGCACUGAACAAGUACGGUACAUUACUCAAAUGAUUAUCCCACAUAAGUACAAGGCACGCAAGGCCAACUAUGACAUCAUCCUGCUCCGUCUGAACACACCAGUGAACUUUACCGACUACGUGGUGCCCCUCUGCUUGCCAGACGAGAAGUUCUCUGAGGAAACGCUGGCCAAAAUCAAGUUCUCCUCAGUGAGCGGCUGGGACCAGAACCUCUACAAUGGCUCCACGGCCCUGCAGCUCAUGACCAUCAGCGUGCCCAGACUGAUGACCCAGGACUGUAAGGAAAACGCAAACAGGAAUAUCAGUGUGCCUAGGCUAACAAAGAACAUGUUCUGUGCCGGCUACCUAGAUGGGAGCAAAGGUGCCUGCAAGGGUGACCAUGGUGGCCCCCAUUUCACCAAGUACAGGAGCACGUGGUACCUGACAGGAAUUGUCAACUGGAGCGAGGGCUGUGCAGUCAGAGGUCAUGUUGGGGCGUACACCAGGAUCUCCAAGUAUACUGAGUGGUUGCAAAGGAACAUGGACAGCAAUCCUAGCCCACAGAGUAGAAAGUCAGGCACCAGCUCCGCCUUGCUCAGCAUCUCCUCCAGCUGUAUUGAGAGCUGCAAUAUCACCUUCUCCGACCUCAAUGGCUGCUGA